AUGGGGGUGUCGUUGCCUUCGUUCCCUUAUCCACCGGAGCGCGAAGGGUAUUGGGGACCCGUGACGUCCACCCUGAACUGGUGUGAAGAGGAUUACUAUGCAACACCUUAUGCUGCUGAGAUUGUCAAUUCGUUCACGAACUUGGCCUUUGUCUAUCUGGCAUAUCGGGGCAUUGCCAGCUGUAUCCGAAAUGGACAUGAUAUGGUGUUCCUAUUUGGGUUCGUCAGCUAUUUGAUCAUUGGGCUAGGCAGCUUCUUGUUCCAUGCCACCCUCAAAUAUGAAAUGCAGCUCUUGGACGAGCUGUCGAUGAUUUACACCACAUGCGUACUGUUCUAUGCCAUUUUUGCGCACAGAAAAUCGCUGGUGAACGCCGUGCUGACUGGCCUGUUUAUCACCUUCGUUGCAGUCUUCAUCACAAGCUAUUACUACUAUAUCAAGGAUCCGCUGUUUCAUCAAAAUGCGUUUGCAUUGCUCACGGCCAUUGUCUUCUUUCGGAGCCUGUGGGGAAUGGAAGCAACGCUUCGACCAUCGAUUUGUAGCAAGCGCCCAGACUUUGUUCCCGCACCGAAUAAGGCAGAGCAGGCGAGAAGGGAUCGACGAGACCUUGGAAUCCUGAGUUUUGUCUGGCGAAAAAUGAUUCCUAUCGGAAUGGGUUCCAUUGCUCUUGGAUUCCUGAUCUGGAAUCUAGACAAUAUCUUCUGCUCCACUCUGAGGCGUUGGCGCCAUCAGAUUGGCCUGCCGUGGGGCAUACUGUUGGAAGGUCAUGGGUGGUGGCAUCUUUUUACUGGUAUUGCCCAGUACUUCAACAUAACUUGGAGUAUAUGGAUGAGAUAUUGCGUGGAAGGCAGGCAGGAUGAAUUUGAAAUGGUCUGGCCGUCAAUCUUCACCUCGGUUCCAGCCGUUGAGCGGACAGAAUUCACUCAACCGACCAAGUCACCUGGACAUCCGCCCAAGAAGAGACUUUGA